AUGCCGUCUGCUACGGCGUCUGGCUCCGAUGCCAAAGGCGGGGCUGCGCGGUCGCGCGAACACAAUCAGGGCAACCAAGAUCGCACAUACACCCCCGAGCAGAAGGCCGCGGUUCUACGAAUCCGAAAAUGCGGGCCAACCGAUUUCUACGAGAUUCUUUCGAUUCAAAAGACUGCCACGGAUAGCGAGAUCAAGAAGGCGUACCGGAAAUUGAGUCUGUUGACACACCCCGAUAAGAACGCAUAUGAUGGUGCAGACGAGGCUUUCAAGAUGGUUUCGCGUGCCUUCCAGAUCCUCUCUGACUCCGAUAAGAAGUCCCGGUAUGACAAGUUUGGAGGAGACCCCGAUAGCAGAUUCAACCCCGGACCAAGCGCCUCUAGUGGUGGUUCUCCAUUCAGUGGAUUCAGUGGUGGUGGUGGAUUCCCACGCUCCGCAGGGGGCGGCCAGGGCUUCGAUGCUGAGAUCUCGCCUGAAGAGAUGUUUAACCGGUUCUUCAAUGGCGGAUUUGGAGGCAUGGGUGGUGGUGGUUUCGGCCCAUUUGCGGGUCCACAAUUCGUUUUCAACAUGGGAGGUGGCCCCGGUUUCCGCGUACACCAGUUCGGAGGCGGCGUACCGCGCCGCAGACCUCGCGCAGCCGCCAACAACAACGAGUCAGAGCCAGCCGUUGAUGGCUGGGGCUUUGUUCGUCAACUACUGCCUCUCAUCCUUCUUUUCGUCCUUCCGCUCCUAUCUUCCCUUUUCUCUGGCUCUUCUACUCCCGGUCCUGGCUAUCGAGUCGAUACCCCUCAAAGCCCCUACACCAUGGGCCGCACAACACCCAGGCUCAACCUCAAUUACUUCGUGAAUCCAUUGGAAGUCGAAGAUUUCGGCGCACGCAAAUUCCGUGAUUUAGACCGGCGUGUGGAGAUGGACUAUAUGGCGAAGGUUCGAUACGACUGCGAGUCUGAGGUACAAAUGCAGGAGCGAAAGAUUCAAGAAGCACAGGGCUGGUUCUUCCCAGAUGUUGAGAAGAUGAAGGAGGCGCGAGCGAUGGAGCUGAAGAGUUGCCGCCAGUGGAAUCAACUCAAAGCCAAAUAUUGA